AUGAUUUUGCUGAGCAGCUUCUUGCACCUGCGGCCUCGACGCUGCGGCCCCUUUGCAGGGCUGGGCAGGGGGGCCGGCACCGCAGCGGGGUCCCGUAGGGCUCUGCGGGUGCUGGUGGACAUGGACGGGGUGCUGGCCGACUUCGAGGGAGGCUUCCUCAAGAAGUUCAGGGCCAGGUACCCCGACAAACCCUACAUUGCCCUGGAGGACCGGAGGGGCUUCUGGGUGUCGGAGCAAUACGGGCGCCUGGGACCUGAGCUGAGUGAGAAAGCCAUCAGCAUCUGGGAAUCCAAGAACUUCUUCAUUGAGCUGGACCCGCUCCCUGGGGCUGUGGAAGCUGUGAAGCAAAUGGCAAAUUUGGCAGACACCGACGUGUUCAUCUGCACAAGCCCGAUCAAGAAGUACCGCUACUGCCCUUAUGAGAAGUACGCCUGGGUGGAGAAGCACUUCGGCCCCGAGUUUCUCGAGCAGAUCGUUUUGACGCGAGAUAAGACAGUGGUUUCUGCUGACCUGCUUAUAGACGACAGACCUGAUAUAACAGGGGCCGAGCUGAACCCCAGCUGGGAGCACGUGCUCUUCACGGCCUGCCACAACAAGCACCUGCAGCUGAAGCCCCCCAGCCGUAGGCUGCAGUCGUGGACCGACGACUGGAAGGCCAUUCUGGACAGCAAACGCCUGCCGCCCAGCCAGGCCGCCUAA